UCCUUCAACAUUCCCAGCCAUGUUGUUCAACAGCCUCGUUGUCUCCUUACACUUCCUCGUCCUCUAUGUCGCCUGUGAUUCCGGACCUUUGGAAGAUGUAGUCAUCGACCGAUACGACAUUCCCAAAAUCUGUCCCCGUGAGGUGCAAAUGGGAGACUUUGUGCGAUACCAUUAUAACGGCACCUUUAAAGAUGGACAGAAGUUCGACGCCAGUUAUGAUCGAGGAGUGGCAGUUGCGGGAUUUGUCGGAGUGGGGCGCCUCAUCACCGGACUGGACAGGGGGAUACUGGGCAUGUGCGUGAAUGAAAAGAGAAAACUGAUCGUGCCCCCUCACCUGGGCUAUGGCAGCAUAGGAGUGCCUGGCAUGAUCCCUGCCGACGCCACGCUCUACUUCGACAUCCUCCUCCAGGACAUUUGGAACAAGAACGAUGAGGUGCAGAUAACGACCAUACACAAAGCCAGUCCUUGUAACAGAUCCGUCCAGGACUCGGACUUUGUCAGAUACCACUACAAUGGGACACUCCUCGACGGGACAUAUUUUGACUCCAGCUACAGUCGUUCCACCACAUAUGAUACGUACGUGGGUUCCGGUUGGCUUAUAAAGGGCAUGGAUAUGGGCCUGCUGGGCAUGUGUGCCGGAGAAAAGAGGAGGAUCACAAUCCCACCAUUCCUGGCCUAUGGAGAAAAGGGAUAUGGAACCAUCAUCCCUGCCCAGGCUUCCCUGGUGUUCCAUGUUCUUCUCAUCGAUUUCCACAACCCAAAGGAUGGAAUAACUGUGCAGAACCAGGUGGUUCCCCAGGUGUGCAAACGCAAAGCAGUGACUGGAGAUUACGUACGAUACCACUACAAUGGGACCCUCAUGGACGGAGCCUUGUUUGAUUCAAGCUACUCCAGAAACACUACAUACAACACGUAUAUCGGUAUGGGGUACGUUAUUUCAGGAAUGGAUGCCGGGCUACAAGGAGUCUGUGUGGGAGAGUGGAGGCGAAUCAUCAUUCCUCCUCAUCUCGGUUACGGAGAGAGUGGCUCAGGGAACAGUAUCCCGGGAUCUGCUGUCUUGGUUUUCGACGUGCACAUCGUAGAUUUCCACAACCCAAAGGACUCUGUGGAUAUUGAGGUGAUGCACAAACCAGAUUCCUGUAACACAACAUCGAAAAAAGGAGACUUCAUUAAGUAUCAUUACAACUGCUCCAUGCUGGACGGGACACUGCUCUUCUCAUCGCAUGAGUACGAAAUCCCACAGCAGGUCACGCUUGGAUCCAGCAAAGUUAUUGAGGGCCUGGACACUGGUCUUUCAGGAAUGUGUGUUGGAGAAAGGAGGACUGUCUUGGUUCCGCCCCAUCUUGCCCACGGAGAGAGUGGAGCCCGUGGAGUCCCCCCUAGUGCUGUGCUGAAGUUUGACCUGGAGUUGCUCCACAUCGAAGAAGGGAUACCAGAUGGUUAUUUGUUUAUCUGGUUGCAGGACACUCCUGAAAACCUCUUUGAAAUCAUGGACCUUGACAAGAAUGGAGAAGUUCCCGAAGAGGAGUUUUCCGAUUUCCUGAAGGCCCAAGUGUCAGAAGGAAAGGGAAGGUUUUUGCCGGGGGUGGACCGAGAAAAAUCCAUCGCCGACAUGUUUGUAAAUCAGGAUCGUAACAAGGACGGGAAGAUCACGGCAGAUGAGCUGAAGCUGAAAACAGAGGAGGAAACUGAACUGGUCCAUGAAGAGCUUUAGAAUGGGCUCAGACUCACAACUGAUACUGGCCCUGGAGGGAGCAGAGUUGCUGUGUUUUAUGGCAACAUUUAAUCCAUCGCUUUGGUGGGUCUAACAAAUACCUGAUAUCCAGUGUCAUCUGGAUAUUUGUAUUUUUGGCAGGGAAAAGACCAGUGCAAUUUUGUUUAUUGAGCUUUUUUUUAUUUUGAAUUAGAUGAACCCCUUACACUGGCUAAUGAGUUGGGCACCUACAUUGCCUUUACAGCUCUAUGGGACACUCUGGUGUAGACAAGAGCAGUAAAUAAACACCAGCUUCUUAGACUAUUCCCCUGUAUCACAUACUAAAAGCUAAUUUAAAGACAAACUUCCCCCUAGUUUUCUAUGAAGAAUGUUCAUUUACGUAGAUUUAAAUUGGCAGAUCUGAAGCAAAAUAAUAAAAUUGUAGCUGGCUCCACCUGUGCUAAGGUACCUGGUGAUGGGGCAAUUGGGCAACUCACGGGGCUGACGAAAUUGCACUGAUCUGUCGUGUCGCUGGGCAGAAGCGCAUGGAGCGUGCGCCUGGGAGAUGAUCCGGUGGAGUUCGCCAUUUUGUCCUGUCCACUUUAGUGCAGGUGGAACGGUUCAGCUAGUGACCAAAACCUAAUUUUUGUUGUUUUCCUUUUUUCAAUGGAGGAUGUAAAUGUUUCAGUUUUUGUAAUUGACGGAUGUUUACAUUUAUUAAAGUUUUCUUGUUAAAA